AUGCAGACGGCCCUGCCAAACAGCAUAGUGACGUCGCUGGCGAAAUGUGAAGUAGAUCCUCUUAGCGACACUUCAAUGCAAGGCGAGGUCCUGAAUGCUCUCCGACGAAUGCAGAACGGAUCCUACAAGGAGGGGAGUUCACAACACAAGGCCAAUGAAUCUGGAUCACUUCCACAUCCCUGGUGCGACAAGCAUGUAGAAAAUGGCGAUGCAAUUGGGGAUAAGACGUCGUGCUGUCACGCUGAGACCAAAUCAGACACUGAGGAUGACUUCGAGAUGAUCUUCGUCAACGGGAAGAAGUACAAACGCCACUUUAAGCGCCACAUCGUGUUCCAACGACACGUUUGCAGACAGUGCCAUUGCGGUGUCACCACUUUUCACACGGUGGAAGGAGGAGGAAGGGGCAACAGUAAGGGUACACGUCUGACGCGUUCACAAGGCGGGGUCUGCGCCAGGAGUCCAGGCAUCACGUGA